AUGGCUCCUACCACUCGCUCCGCCGCUCGCAAGGCCACCGGCAUUGUUAGUUCCCCUCCCAACGCCCCUGCCAGUGCCCUUGCCACGAGCCACGCACCUGUCCGUCUCGACUCCACUACCACUGGCCCCUUCCGCACUGUUGACGACGACCCCAAUAUGAUCAUGGAUCUGGACGGCUUGAAGAACGUCGUCAAGGAUGAAGAGGACCUGAAGCUCCUCAAGCAGGUCCUCGAAGACGUUCCCGCCGCCGACAUUGAUGUCAAAGAGUGGCUUGAGCAGUACAAGAGAGACCAGGCCGAGAAUGAGCGCAAGGAGAGCGGCGCCUCGGUCAAGGAGGUCAACAAGACUGGAGAGACUCCCGCUGCUGCUGACAAGACUGAUCCUUCCACCCUGGAGGUCAACUGA